AUGGAGGACCCACCAUAUGUCACAUGGAUGAAAGAGCAGAAGAAGCAGGGGAAGCCGUCCCCGUCAAUCAAGCAUAUGGCAAAGGCCAAGCGUGACUCUGCCGGCGCAUCCACUAGCGGAGGCGCACGGCGUCACUACGACGAUGGCGCCGACACUGACGUCAGCGAUGACAAUCUCGAAGAGAUCGUCUCAGAAUCAGACAGUGAAGCCGAUUCCGACAACUACAAGGAUGGGAGCGACGACGACGGCCAGGAUGAGGAUGGCGGUGAAGAGGCAAGCGGCGACGAACGCAGCACACGCGCGUCGAAGAAGGAGAAGCGCCCGCAUGCACCGCGCAAUAAGCGGAUGUCGAACGCGUGGAAACGCCUGGAGAAGAAGUACCUAAAAACAAAACGUGGUGAAGGGCAGAGCGGCGGGAAAGCGAUCAAGAAAAAGCCGUGGUGGGAGUACGUGUAUAAUCUCAAGAAGCACUUGGCCAAGGCGAAGGCUCACGCACUGGACGGAGGAGGCGCCGCCACCGUGGACGUCCCUGCAUACGCCUCGGUGCCCGGCACCACCGAGCGUGAGACGUCGGCCCCAUCGUCUCUGGAACUACAACGCAGUGGCCGUCGGGCAAAUAGAACGCCAGGUUAG